UUUUAGUUAUUCCGAGAUCUUUUACCAAUAUUGUGUGCAGCGACGGCUGAUCAGACGACGGCCAGAAAGAAGCAGAAAAACAAGAGACACAAGCAACAGAUAAAGCAGAGGCAGCAGAAGCAGAAUCAGCGGACAAAGUGGAAGCAGAAGAAGCAGCAAACAAAGCAAAAGCGCAAAAUCAACUUAGAUCCAUGUGUGUGCGGGUCAAAGCGGAAGUGUAGUGCGGAAGCCGGCUCUAUAAUCGAUAAACAAACCAGCAGCCAACCACCCAGCAACCCACUCAAUCAAGAGCAGUUCUUCGGUCAGCUCUGAAUUAACGCGUGUGCCUACAGUCCGUCGAGCAAACAUCUUUCCAUCAGUUCGUAAGCGUGCCUGUGUCCCGCGCCAAUUUGUUGGCCUGCACGCUCUUGGCCCAAACCGCAAAACUGGCCCCAGACUGACUCUGUGGUGUGUGCAUUUUGGGCUGUGUGUUUUUUUUGCGCUGGCCACAACGUCAAAUUCGAUUUUUAUGACUUUUGAAAGCGUGACUAAGACGUGAUUUAUGAUGGCGUGUGGUUUUUAAUAUUCAUGUGGACGCGCGCGCUCUUCCCCAGCUCCAGCUACAGCUCCAGCUCCAGCUCCAGCAACGAUCCGAUUGCCAGGAACCUGCGUAGGUGCGCCAAACAAUAAAAAAAGGGUUGCAUCUUUUGCAGCCAAACAGCCAAGAAGCCCACGGGGCACAGACUCCAACGAUAUCCAGCUGUGUGUGUGCGUGGAUUCGACUUUUUUAUGGAUGCAGUUAAGCAUUUGAGUGCUGCUGCUGCCGCUGCCGCUGCAACAGAGAAGAGCUGCAACAGCGAGAUGCAGGAGAGGAGUGUGGCAACAGCAACAGCAUCUGCGGAGGCGGCAGUCAAUGAAUUGGCGGAACUAGAGGGCAGUGCCACAGCCACAGCCCCAGCCAAGGGGAACAAGGAAUCCCCCGCGACCACUGGCAAAGACUCGCAGCAGAAACCCGACAAGAGCAACUCCAACAAGUCUUCGCCUGCCACCAAGCCUGCCAGCAAUGCCGCAAUGGCGGCUGCCACCGCUGCCACAGCUGCAGCGGCCACCAAUGACCUUGCAGCGGCUGCCGCUGUGGUGCUCUCCCUCCAGGGCACAAUGGUGAGCAGCCUGCAGCAGGCGGCACUCCUUCCGGCCAAUUCCGCGGCGGCAGCGGCACUCAAUCUGCAGGCGCUGGAAUCCUACUUGGCGCUGCAGCGACUCACCGGCAAAUCGGAUGUGUUUCGCUACAGCAACAACAAUCAGAGCAGCAGCAACAACAACAACAACAACGCGGCUGGCAGCAGCAACAGCAACAGCAGCAGCAGCUGCCACAACGAGGCAGAGACCAGCAGCAGCAGCGCCCUGCCCAGCCUCAUAGACAUUGCCAGCAUUGAGUUGAAGUCGAGCUGCUCAUCGAGCUCCUCGGUGGGGUCUGCGGUGCAGGCCAGCAACACCUCCACCACCUCCAGCAGCAGCAGCAACACCACCCCCACACCCAGCAACAGUAAUAGCAACAACAACAGCCACAAUCACAGCCACACUUCAUCCUCGAGUGGCAAGUGCCUGCCACUGCCUUCAAUUGGCACUGUGAGUGCCGCUGUGGCAGCUGCUGCUGCCGCCGCUGCGGCUGCGGCCAAUCAACAGGCGGCCCUCGACUGUGCCACAGCCGCCGAGCUGGCCGCCGAGUGCGAUCUGCCGCUGCUCGAUGGGGAGGAUGCGCUGUCCUUCGAGGCCGGGGAUCUGGACAGCAGCUAUGGCAGCUUCAUCUUCAAUCCCACGACCUUUGGCCAGGCGGAAGCGGACACCUCGCUGCACUCGCUGCAGGCGACCAUGUACCAGGACAAGAUGAGUGUGAUGGGGGGAUCGGGCUCCGGAUCGAUGGCCUCAGGCUGCGUGGAGGAGGGUGCCAGCUCCACGGCAGCGGCCGCAGCGGCAGCCCAGCGCUCCAAGAAGCAGUUCAUCUGCAAGUUCUGCAAUCGACAGUUCACCAAGUCCUACAAUCUGCUCAUCCACGAACGGACCCACACCGACGAGCGACCCUAUUCGUGUGAUAUCUGCGGCAAGGCCUUCAGGCGGCAAGAUCAUCUGCGGGACCAUAGGUACAUCCACUCCAAGGAGAAGCCCUUCAAGUGCGCCGAGUGUGGCAAAGGGUUCUGCCAGUCGCGCACUCUGGCGGUGCACAAGAUCCUGCACAUGGAGGAGUCGCCGCACAAGUGUCCCGUGUGCAACAGAUCGUUCAACCAGCGCUCCAACCUGAAGACCCACCUCCUCACCCACACGGACAUCAAGCCCUACAACUGCGCCUCCUGCGGCAAGGUCUUUCGCCGCAACUGCGAUCUCCGGCGUCACAGUCUCACCCACAAUCUCUCCGCCACGGGCGGUGUGGGUGGCAAUCUGAGCGAUCUAUUCGGCCCCAGCACACCCGGCUCCAGCUCCAGCUCCGAUCUGGCUCUCGGUCUGGGUCUGCCUUUGGUUGGCGCAGCAGGCGGUGGCUCCUCCGCUGCUUCCUCCUCCUCCUCGCGAGAUCUGGUGGCUGUCAGCGAUUGAUCCCACAGAUCCCACUCUCACUCUUAAGAUAAUCUCAUUUGCAGCUCUCAUGACACACGACGAAUCCCUCCACGAACAGCUCCGCCCCCCAGCCAACAGCUAACAGCAUUUAACUUACACUUAGUCUAGCCCUAAGACAGGUUUAAGCCACGGAUAUUUGUGACGUAAGCUUCUAGCAGCAAAGUUUGACUUUAUAAGCAACAACUCGAUAUCGAUACUAUGUCUAGCGUGUAAGCGAAAUUGCGAACUCUUAUUGUGUACAAUCGAAUAAAUGAUAAUAGAUUAAAAG